CUUUAUCAGCAAAUAAUGAAGACUGAAGCAACUUCUCUACUUAGCUUUCUAAUGGCAUUCAUACUUUUUACCAUGCUUUUUCACAACAGUGAAAGUGUUUGCUGCCCAUCGAAGACCAUCGCAUUUCGUUUAAACGAUGAGAAUGAUGUUUGCAGUUCCUAUGAGGCCAAGUCAAAGGGUAAAAGAGUCUGCAAAGUGGAUGUUUGUGAUGAUGGCACCUUCGUCAAAGGCCGUUAUUGUGGCCGUGGAUCGUGCAACAUAUUUGGUUGCAACUGCUCAGGCGGUUGUCGCAAAGGAGAUGCUGCAAAAACGUUCGUCGACUUCUACGGUGAUCUUCACAUUAGCGAUGUUCAUUUUAUAUAGAUAACAUUAUCAGUUAAAUAGCUAGCAAUUAAUCGCAGAAAAUCAUUUUCAUGUAUCACAAAUUGGUGUCAAAUAUCGAAUU